AUCCCGAUCCAAACGAUGAUAGACGUGAUCUAGCGAGAUAUACUCCAUAUUGAAACUUACUCGCCAGUGUAAAAUCCAUGAAGAUCAAACUCUUCGACUGGUAGACUACAUACUACAGUUACAUUGAAGGACCAUGGCGACUGCAGCUAUCAUUUCCCCUUCGGAGAAGAAGUCGUACUGCUUCAGACUAUUGUCUUUAACUGUCGAUGGAGGUACACUUGUUUUGCGCCACCAGUUUGAUAGAAUAAUUCCACCAAAAGACCUUCAAGCCACACUCAACACCCCGAACGUUAGAGGAAAACUAAAUAGUCUUAGGAAGACGAAGGUAAUUACAGCAAAACAGUAUCUACAACUGUACCCGCAGGUCGGGCAGCCAUCUUCCGAAGAUUUUGAUGUGUCACUACUAACGUGCUUGUUAAGGUAUAUAUGCAACCUUGAUGAAAAUUCUCUAUUAUGGGACAGAAUACCUUCAUCAAGAGAUACUUCACUGGUGGACGAUAUAGUGAGACUCAAACUCAUCCGAAAUGAGGUUUCCCAUAAACAGGCAUUGUCUUUAAGUCAGCAAGAAUUCUCUCUGAAAUGGAGUGACAUUGAACAGGUUAUUCUGCGACUCGGACAGGGUAUUCCAGAUCUUGCCGAAAGCAUCCAAGCAUUAAAAGAAAGUAGUAUUGACCCUGUUAAAGAACAGGAAUAUGAAGAAUUAAUCAAAGAUUGGGAAAGUUCUGAUAGAGCACUAACAGAGCAGCUAACUGCUGUCAAAAAAGAUGUAGCAAAACAUGAAGGAGAUAUAUCAAACUUAAAACAAACAGUCGAGGCUCAACAAACUAAAGAACAUGAAUUAACUGCAAGCAUCAGUGAAUAUGACGAAAUUAUAAAAGGUGUUCAGACGACCAUAAAUGAAACAUUUGGUCAAGUCCAUGAAAUAAAGACUAAACAAGAAAACUUUGAAGACGUUCUUCGCCAUACAGACAAAGAACACUCUGAACUAGCACAAAUUGUAGACGAACAAGUUUCAAAUCAAUUACAAAUUACAGAACGCCUUACAAAAGCAGAAGACUCGAUAAUUACCUUAAUGGAAGGGGGCAUGGGUUACCAGCCGACGGAACUGUCUCCAAUGCUUAAAAGUUUGGCUUCAAUGACCACACUGUUCUUUGAAGAUGCCGAACAUCAGCCGUAUGUCAUAACAAAUGCCCAUGUUCAAGCAAGGGAGAAACUUCGAAAGUCGCAUGUUGUUGUGUUAAAUGGUCAGCCUGGAGAGGGAAAAACUACAAUGGCCAUACAACUAAUAUCUGAAGUGACUAAACUCUCAAGUUGUUUAAAACUAAGAGGACCAUCAGAUUGGAAGCACAUUGACCUAACCCAGAAAACAUUUGAUACUGUCUUUAUUGAUGAUAUCUUUGGAGAAGGAGCUCUGGAUGAAAAGUUGCUCCAAAGGUGGAACCGUUAUCUUCCAGAAAUAGAAAAGACGAUAAAUAGAAAAAGAUUGUAUGUCAUAAUAACUUCUCGCCACUAUAUUUUUGAGGAAGCCAAUGAAAGACUUCGAGGACGCCAACUCUUUACAGAUGAAAAUAUUCAACGGUUAAGCUCAUCCGAUUUGACUGACGAGGAGAGAAUGCAAAUGCUAACGUCUCAUCUUGAUUGUGCAAAGCGGGAAAGAAACGAAACAUUUGUAGAAGAUUGCAACAAAGUUUACAAGUCUGCAUUUAUUAAAGAUGAACCUUUAAGUACGGAGCAUCUGGUUGGCGGAGAGUUUUCACAGUUGGACAAGAAGUCUGAAAUGAAUGUGAUGAUGGGAUUCCCUGAAAGUGUCCAUAUGUUUGCAAACGACGACUCAAUGUUCGACAAGGGUGCAGACUUUUUUGAAAUGCCUGUUGAAGUUUUCCAAAAGCAUCUAGAAGGCAUCAGUGCAAACAGAAGUGCAUUCUUCGAACUCAUUUUAAUUUGGGCUGUGCAUGAAAAUAAAUUGAAUUUGGCUAAUAUUGAACCGCCGGUUAUUGCAAAAGAUAUUGAAGAAACUGCCAAAUAUUUUGGCAUGGAACUGAAAGGCGAAUUCGUCGAAUCCAUUCGCCAGUCUUUGAAACAUCACAGAGGUGGAUUUGUAAGGUUUAGUCCCAAGACAGGGGACUACACAUUUUGCCACAGCAUUGUGAGGGACAUUGUUGGAAUCAUCGCCGGGAAGUACUAUCCAAAUGCAGUCGUUUUUCUUGCAAGUCAUGAUUUUCUUAUGAAAUACGUUACAACAGUGGAAAAUAAAAGAGAUGGCUUUCAUGUAUUUGUGGAGGAGUUCAGAUACAAACAACUUGAGGAAGCAAUACUUAAACUUAUAAGGCAAUACAUAACAAGCGACCGUGACAACGCCAAUAAAGAAACAGCCGUACAUAAGUCAACAUCAUACUAUGGAUCCCUAGUGGAUUUAGUGUAUGAUGUGAGUGUAGAUGUCUCAAAAUUAUUGCUAAUGCCGUUAUGCUCUGAUUUUAUACCAUCGAUUUGCACGUUGGAACUCGAAAGUCAUUGGAACAUUGACAGCAUCUCUAUCUUAAGACAUGACGCAUUUGAAAACAGAAUUUUCAUCAGUAUGUUCCUUAAUAGUAAAGAAGGAAAAGAGAUCUUGUCAGAACCAGUAGCUUCUUUCCGAGAUUCCUAUGAGCUCGAAAGAUAUUACGGCAUUUGUCUGGAUGAAAACGUCAAAAUUUAUGUACCUGCAUUUUUGCUGUUAUACGGAAAUGACAAGUUAUUAUUAGAGUACAUGGAGAAUAUAUUUGAUCCCUUAGCUGAAAAGUCUGACUGUUUCCUGUAUACUUCCCUCCUCAUUGCUACUGAUCUUGACAUGGAAAAUGUUAUCAAAACAUUACUUUCAUAUGACGCUAAACCGAAUGAGGAUCACUUAAUCAUUGCAUCAGCAAAGAACACGAAGGUCCUCAACAUGCUGCUGGAUAAAUGGGACAGAAACCUCAGAACUAGGUCGCAUAUCAAGCACAAAACUAGUUCAUUAAUAUAUGCUGCAAAAAGGGGAUUUUUGGGAUCCGUAAAGUGCCUUCUAAGGCACGGGGUUGAAGUGAAUUAUAGGAAUAGCAACAACCGUUCGGCUUUAGAUAAAGCAGUACAAUAUGGGAAAACAGAAGUUUGUCGAAUAUUACUUGAAAAUGGGGCAAAUGUAAAUGUGAGGGCUGGAAAAUUUAAACGGACACCUCUUCAUAUGGCGUCUGACAUUGGGCACGAUCAGUGUACAGAAAUACAUAGGAUUGUUGAAAUACUUCUGCAACAUGGUGCUUCAAUGAAAAUUAAGGACUAUCGGGGUCACUUUCCAAUACAUUGUGCUGCAAUACGCUGCCAUAAUAAAGUUGUGCAAAUACUGCUAAUCGAAGACAGUUCGCAAAUGAGUUGUAGAACAACUUCGUAUGGAAGAAAAUCUAGAAUCAAAGGAAUGACACUGUUGCAUAUAGCUGUUUGGAAAAGUAAUGUAGAGCUAGUGGAAAUUCUUUUGAACAUGAACGUUAAUCCUGACACCAAGGACUGCUUUGGAAGGACCGCAUUGUACUGUGCUGCAUACGAAGGGAAGACAAAAAUCGUCAGACUUCUUGUCAGGGUGUCAAAUGCUCAGCUAGCAGAGAAAAAUGGUUUCACGCCUUUGCAUGCCGCUAUACACAAGCGACACACUGAAAUUGUCGAACUGCUUUGCCCUUAUUCCGAUAUCAAUGUACCAGACAAGUUUGGUAAAACACCGUUACAUACUGCGUGCGAAGUGGUUGAUCUAGAAGUAAUCAAAUUGCUAGUUCUGGAGUAUAAAGCGGAUACUCGUAUGCUUACUAAGAAAUGUUUGUCAGUGUUCCGCUUGCUAAAAGAUAGACGUUUACAGUGCAUGGUGGUCGACAUUACAAGUCAUUUUCUGGGAAUUGCAAAAAAUCGAGAAGACGAACUUGAGGAAUGUGAAAUGUUUCUGCGUGAAAGGGAUCCCGAUUUCCCUGCAAAGUACUGUUAGAAAUGUUGAAGACUUUAAAACCAUAUUCAUCAAACCAUACUUUCUCUGUAUACGUAACUGUAAAUUAAUGUAUCUGCUCGUAAUACUUAAAGAUCCGCCAAAGAAAAAUGUGUUUUGUUAGGUUUGUUUGUUGUGUGUUG